UCUCUCUCUCUCUCUCUCUCUCUAUACAGAAUAUAGCACCAAAAGGAAACAGAAAAUGGACAUAGCAAUACCAUCCUCGCCGGAGUUGGAGUUGGAAAACCUCAAGGCUCUGAAAGUCCUCGGAAAAGGAGCCAUGGGAACGGUCUUUCUGGUCUACGACCGUACAGCCGAUCCCUCAGCUCGCAAUCCAUUUGCACUGAAAGUGGUCGAUAAGUCCUGUCUCCCCACCAAGCUCGACGCCGAACGCCGCGCGCGCUGGGAGAUCACCGUCCUCUCCCGACUGUCUUCCGGUCACCCAUUCUUGCCUUCUCUCUUGGGCUCGUUCGAGGCCCAAGACUAUCUGGGCUGGGCCGUCCCCUACUGCCCCGGCGGCGACCUCAACGCCCUCCGCUACCACCAGACGGACCGCGUCUUCUCCCCAGCCGUCAUCCGCUUCUACCUGGCAGAGAUCGUCUGCGCUCUCGACCACCUCCAUUCCAUGGGGAUCGCCUACCGUGACCUCAAGCCAGAGAACGUCCUCAUUCAGCACUCCGGUCACGUGACUCUCACCGACUUCGACCUCUCCCGUAGCCUCAAGCGCCGUACGGCCGUUGUAACCGUCAUUUCCUCGGAGGACGAGUCUGCAUCGGCAGCGACUGUGAGAGAAAUUCGCCGUAAACAUCGGAGGAACCUCACGCGCUGGCUCAGCUCCGUAACCGCCGGCGAUUACCACACAAGCGCGGGAUUGAAGAAAACGAAAUCGGCCCGAGUCAGCCCGGUGAGUCGGCGGAAGACGAGUUUCUCGAACGGAGAGCGGUCAAACUCGUUCGUCGGGACGGAGGAGUACGUGUCGCCGGAGGUGGUGCGUGGGGAAGGGCACGAGUUCGCGGUGGACUGGUGGGCCCUAGGGAUUCUGACGUACGAGAUGAUGUACGGGACGACGCCGUUUAAGGGGAAGAAUCGGAAGGAGACGUUUCGAAACGUGCUGGUGAAACAGCCCGAGUUCAUCGGAAAGCCCACGGCCCUAACGGACCUGAUCCGACGGUUGCUCGAGAAGGACCCCACCAGACGCCUUGGCUACUCCCGAGGCGCGUGCGAGAUCAAGGAACACGAUUUCUUUCGCGGCGUCAGGUGGGACCUACUCACGGAGGUCUCACGGCCUCCGUUUAUUCCGUCGCGUGACGACGCUGAUUUAACGGAGAGGUCAACGGCGGCUGGCUUUGAUAUUCGUGACUACUUCCAAAAGUUGAGGUCACCGCCGUCUAUGCCGCCGUCACCCGAUUGUCAACGACUAACGGGGUUCUGACGCACGUGCGAGAGUUGGCGCGUGUAAGAAGUAGUUACUCUUUGUCUUAUAUAUAUUUUCGAUUUUUUUCACUCCGUAUUCAGUGUACAUAAAAUAAGAUUGAAGUUGGAAAACGGCGUUAGUUUAUAUAAACUAUUAGAUUUGUAAUAUACAGAGAAUCUUCAUCCCAGAUUUAUACAGUAGAGAUCUUUCCCA